GUCAUUCAGACCAUUGCUUACGUCUCGGGCAGUCAGCCACACCCCGCUCUCAAAGACCAGACGCCUCGGGAUAUUUUUAGCACUGAUGAUGUCCGCUGUCAUCUAACGUAACGGAAAGAUCAUCCCGGGCAACGAACGAUAAGCGAAUCUUCACGGCUGCUGCGCGUGCUCGCUUUGAUUUAGCAUGAGGACUGAACGGGCUUUAAUUAUAUGCACGACGAUGCUUUAUAUAUCUCUUAUAAAAGGUCAGACAUCAGACUUGCCCCCAGAUUUGAGCUCCAUCACCUCUAAUGAUCAUGUGACUUCCAAAAGUGUCACUUUGGAAUCACGACUCACUUCAGCCUAUAAAGACAUCUCAUCUUCUCUGACGGAGUUCUCAAACCCUGGGGUCACACCGACUGCUCCUCCUUCAUCACAGCCAACCGAAGACCCCACAGUGCACAGUGAUACCUCUCCAUCACAGACACCUGAGCCACAAGAAGUCACCACUCUCAACAUGGAGAAAACCUCAGUACCAGCCUCUUCUGUAAGCAGCCUGACAUUUUCUCUUGUAAAGAGCACCGUUUCAGAAUCAGCAACCACCACAGCUCCUGCAAAAUCUAUCAGUCCAAGUCAAGGAUAUCAGACCUUCUCUCCUCUAACCAGUAGUGUGUCCCAAACAACUCAAGCAACUCUAACAGUCACCCCCUCUUACCCGGCACCAUCUCAGUUUGUCCAGACCAGCAGUUCAAAGGUCACCGGCCCUGCUCCACUGGAAGACCAGGAUGAGCCCUCUGAACUGGAUGUGGGGGAUGAAGAAUCAGACAAAGUUCCACACCGUCCCGCCUCACCACUGGACCCCUUGUUCGCCGCUCUGGUCUCCAUUUUCAUUAUUUGCACCGCCAUGGUCUCAGUUGUACUCUUCCUCAGAUUCCGCCAACGCAGUGAGCAUCCAGAGUUCCAUCGGCUUCAAGACCUCCCUAUGGAUGAUCUCCUAGAAGACACGCCAUUGUCAAGAUACACCUAUUAGCAAGAGCGAAUUCGGGGCCAGCGUUUCAUUAUCCCUCAGGCACCCAGUAUAUAUGAUCGCAUAUCCAUUUCCAACAUCCAACUGAUCAUUAGCUUUAAGGGUUCUCAGGAUGUUUUAAAGAAUGUGCUGUACAAUAUUUGCCAUUCAAAUCUGUGGCAAAACUGUCUUGACGCUAAAGUUUGGUUGCAAAACAAUAGGAUAACUUAAGGAAUGUAUAAAACAAGGUUUAAUUAAAUGCAUACAGCAACAGAAAAUGAAUAAACACAUUCGAUGAGUGAAUAAAGACUUUCAGUAAGAAAUUAAAUAACUCAUAUUCCAAUAAAAUGUAUUCAUAUACACUAAUAAAACAGGUGAUUACUUAAAAGGGAAGGAUUUCUUACAUUUCUGAAUUCCAAGGGAACAGAAUUAGCUUUUUCAUCACCUUCAGAUCAUUAGAAAUGUUUGUCGUACAUGUACUUGCUACAUAAAUCGACACUAAUCUGAGUUGCCUGAGGACUGAUUUUAUAAUCAAUGAAAACUAUUUGUAUUUCCGGAGCUAUAAUAUUAGUAAUAAUAGAACUUGAUGUUGGCUUGAGAUACUGUUCUCUUGAAAAAAUGUUCCUUCACUAGAAACUAUAAUUGUUCAUUUGCAUAGAAUUACUCAUUCAUUACUUUAUAAGUUCCAUAAAUUCAAAAAUUCUACACAGGCAAAUAGUACUGCACUUUUCUUUCUCCUUUCAGGGGCUUCAGUGUUUCAGAGACUAUUUUUUGUGUGGAAAACUUCCCUGUUAUUAGCAUUAAUGUCUCUGAACAUUUGCACUGAUAUUGUAGUGAGAAAAUGAGGUUUUCCAAAAACCUUUUUAUUUUAUUUUUUAUUUUAUGUGACAGUGUUUUGGAAUGAUUAAGUAUUUUGGGUUCAAUUGAAUUGUGAUUUUGAUAUUUCUGACAAAGUUGAUUGUCUUGACUUAUUAUGAAGGUUUAAGGUAUGUAAAAUAACUUGAAAUGUGUUUUAGCAUAUUCUCUUCUGUCUACUCUGAUAUUUGUGGUAAACCUAAUGCCUAAUGUCCUUUGUGCCAAAACUGACUUACUGUACAUGAACUGGUAAAUAUAUAUUGCCCAGUUGUGUUGUUGAGAUAAACCUGUAAAGUUUGUAAUAAAAACUAAGAAAAUA